CAAGCUCACUGUAAAAAAUACUCUCUAUUUAUUUAAUGUCUUAACUAAAAAAUAAAGGGACAAAGGCACACUUGGCGCUUGCUCGAAGUCCCCUAAGUUGCCAGAAGAAAGAAGAAUUCAAACUAAACGCUGUCCCGAAAAGAUUUGAAUGGCGGCUAACAUGAAGUUGAAGAACUUUGGAAGUAACCAACCACUACCAGCUGACGGCGGUGGGAAUACUCUGUUAAGUAGACAGCCAUCGAUCUAUUCUCUAACCUUUGAUGAGUUUCAAAGCACUAUGGGUGGAAUAGGCAAAGAUUUUGGGUCUAUGAACAUGGAUGAGUUGUUGAAGAACAUUUGGAGUGCUGAAGAAACUCAAACAAUGGCUUCUUACAGUGGUGGCCUGGACGCAUAUGGAGGGCUACAAAGGCAAGGGUCUUUGACUUUGCCAAGGACGCUAAGCCAGAAGACUGUUGAUGAGGUUUGGAAAGAUAUUUCAAAGGAGUAUUCAAUAGGGAAAGAUGGGAUUGGAACUGCGGCAGGGACAAAUCAUGUGCCCCAAAGGCAGCAAACAUUAGGGGAGAUGACUUUGGAAGAGUUCUUGGUGAAGGCUGGUGUGGUAAGAGAGGGCACCCAAUUUGCUGGGAAGGAUAAUAAUGUUAAUGGAGGGUUCUUUGAUGGAUUUCAACAAGGUGGUAGAACUCCAAAUUUCAUGGGAAAUAGGCUUUCUGAAGUUGGUUUUCAGGCUUCUAAUUUGCCUUUGAAUGUUAAUGGGGUUAAAUCAAACCAGCACCAGUUACCUCAGCAUCUGCAGCAACAACCAAUUUUUCCUAGGCAACCUGCUGUAGGAUUUGGAUUUCAGAUGCCUUUACAAAGUGGUGGUCAGUUGGGGAGUCCUGGAAAUAGAGGGGGAAUUACUGGGAUGGGGGAUCAGGGACCACCUAAUGGUCUUAUUCAGGGUGGAAAGAUGGGGAUGAUUGGUUUAGGAGGGCCAGUCAGUGUUGCAACUGGAUCACCUGCUAACCACUUCUCAUCAGAUGGGAUAGGGAAGAGUAGUGCAGAUACUUCCUCUGUCUCGCCGGUUCCUUAUGUGUUCAAUGGAAGUUCUAGGGGUAGGAAAUGCAGUGCUGUGGAGAAGGUUGCCGAGAGGCGGCAAAGGAGAAUGAUAAAGAACAGAGAAUCUGCUGCAAGAUCUCGAGCUCGAAAGCAGGCUUAUACUACGGAGUUGGAAGCAGAACUUGCGAAGCUAAAAGAGGAGAAUGAAGAAUUGCGGAAGAAACACGCAGAAUUAAUGGAAAUGCAAAAAAAUCAGGUCAUGGAGAUGAACAUGCAGCAAGGACCUAAGAAGCAAUGUUUGCGAAGAACACGGACCGGUCCAUGGUGAAGUGAAAACAUUGUGCUUGUGGUUCUUGGUUAGCAGAUAGUUGUACAAAUUUAAGUCAAAGGGUAGUAGUUGAUAUUUCUUUUAGAUUUUAAUAGAUGAAAUUAGUGCACAGUAGAUAAAAGAAAACACCAAUAUUGGUAGUAUUCUUUUUUUAUGGGCAACAUGCAUGGUUUUAUUAAACAAUAUCUGUAAAUAUAAGAAUCUCAGAGUUCCUUUUGUUGGUUCUUAUUAAUUGAAGUAAUCAUGUGUGUCUUUUUCUCA